CUUGCCUCUCGGCCCGACGCCCGUCCAAUAAUCGUUGUCACAAUAACGCAUCACCCUCGUUUGGAUUAACUUUGUUUGCGUAUUGUUAUUCGCGACCUCACUUGACACAAAUAACACCCGUCACGCACCGACAUCCGAACCGCAGAUUGUACCUACUAUACGAAAGUGUUAGUGUUGUGUGCGAACUCGAUUGCAGGAAAACACCAACUAGCCCGAUCUCUUAACAUAUUUACGAAUAAUAAUCUUGUUUUGAAUUCGGUGCAAUCACGUUACCUACUGAAACCUAAACUGAAACAAUGAAAAUUGAAGGACGCAUUCAUGACAGACGAAUCGCGAUCGUACGGCUACGUCAGAGCAACUGGAAUAGAUCAACGAACCUCGGGCGUGAAAUUAAAGGAUAAACAAAUGAAAACCGUUUCGGGUGCGAUUAUAAUGUGGCAGCAGUCCGCAUCAGGAGGUGUCAAGCAGCAGACACUGGCGGCGGCGUGACCCGGCGUCGCGACUCGGCCGCGGCGCAUCGUCCGAACUGGGGCAUAUCAAUAAGCGUGUCCCAGUUACCUGGAUUUAGUGCGGAGCGAGUGCCGCGGUGCAUUUCGGCGGAGGGCGUCGGGCAGCAUGUCGGGCAAGUCGUGCGCGUCGGGCAGCAUGCGCUCGUGCGCGGGCUCGGCGCGGCUGGGCACCGGCCACGAGGUGGUGCUGGACGCGCUGUACGAGCGCAAGCGCGACAAGAAGAGCGUGCGGGUGCUCACCGUCAUCAUUUACGUGUUCUGCGUGUCGUUGGCCGCUAUCAUGCUCUCGCUGUACUACGUGUUCUUCUGGGAGCCCAAGGACGCGCAAUACGCGCAACGCAAGGUGGCACACACUGUAGAGAAGCAAACCAGCACAACACCAAUGCCCACAUGCUUUAUGCCCUACACCGGAGGAGGCAAUACCACAGUGAGUGAAAAUGCUACAGAACAAACAAUAGUCAACAUCACCGAGGGUUACUCAAACGGGUCCGAAUUCAGCGAGUCCCCAUCGUCAGGAAGCGACAUCUUAGAGGCCGGUAACGCUUCAACGCCCAAUUACUUCGACUCGACUGAGGGUGACGUAGGCGGCGACAACGGCGACAUUACAUGACCCUCGAACAAAACGCUAAAAGUAAUUAUAUGCAAUUCCAAAAAAACGUAGCAAAUAUCGUGAUGCGUACGGUCAAAAACUUAAGACUUAAUACCCUAAAAACUUAUUGAUAAACUGAAACAGAAACACCAAUCAAGUUACAAUCGUAUCUUGUUAGAUUAAAAAGUAUAUAAAGUUUUAUAUCUAAUUACAUAAUUGCGCUAAAUUAAUAACAUAGGCUUAAAUCCAUCGCGUGUAGUGAAUUAGGUAGGUAAUCUACUUAUUCUUGGUCUAAACAUAUCUUUGUGACUAGAGUAAGCAGUUCCUACCAUGAAGUAGGUACGUAGGCCUUUCCUUGGCGUUAAAUAAAGCUUAGAUCACUAUUUUAUUAAUAAGGGGGUUUAUGUUAAUACGGGAACUAUCAAAGUCUAAGAAACUCAUCUGUAGGUAUCCAUCCUGAGCACACUAACUAAUGCAGGUAUUUUUUUCCUGAACAGCUGAACAGCGGUAGUGAAUGGUAGGGUGGUGCUAGGGUGUGUUUAUGUUACGUCGAACGUGACGCGAGAUAUCACCUCUCUAGCAUCGCCUCGCCUCGCUAGAGUACUCCACCACUACCGCUGGUACCUAACUACUCAGUAAUGCGCUAUGCCUUGGACAAGAUCAUUUUCGCCACCAACCUACCUACUCCCACAAUGGAUUUUGAGUUCUGUAUUUAACUUAUUCAUUCUUACAACAUGUAUAGUAUUCAAUCUGUGGUAUAGGUAUACCAUCUCACACACCGACAAAGAAACUAGUUAACUUAACGGCCUUAAUGUACGUAAACUUAUCCAUGAAACACCUCCCAGCUCAGAUCAUAGUCAUACUUAAAAUUACUAUUAUAGGUACUUAUUAUUUAUUAAAAUUAAUAAGAUCAAUGGGUUUGAUAAAAAAAAAUAGAUUGAAGUAACUUAGGUAGGUACCUAGUUUUAGUUAAAGCAUAAGUAAUAACGAUAUCGAAUCGUUGUAAAAUCGUAAGUAACUUUACGCAGCUCAGGACCUAAAAGCUUAUUUUUAACCACCUACGCUAUGAGUAGGCAGAUUCUAGUUAGAUCUAGAUAAUAUGUAAGCUUUCUGUAAGUAAAUAUGAAACUUAGAAAUUAACGCAACAUAUUAUUUAAGUAAAUAACAUAUUAAUUAAUAAGUAUAGUACCUACCUAUGUAAUAAAAAAUAUACAAUAUUUAUUUAUUUAAUGGAGCGUAAUAUUACUUCGGUAUAAUUUUAUCUGUGGUAUAAUGAAGAAACUAUAAAUGCAGCUGGCGCACAAAGCUAACUGCUGUUACUGUAUCGUCCUUGCUAAUAAAAAAUGUGUGUCCACGAAUUAUUAUGUCAUUGUCAUCACAGUAGAGUGGAGUGCUUUUAAUGUCGAGCGCAUAAUCUCUGCAUUUGAAUGGUACUUUACGAUAAUUUGUUUGGUACUUAAGUCCACCUGCUUGUUACGAAAAUAGGUUAUGCAUUUUUUCUGUAUCGCAGAAGAAUAACUCAACUUCUAUUCAAAUAAGUAUGAAGAUAUGUAUGUAUAAUGCUGUUUCCCUUAGAGAGGUUACUAAUCUUUUUUGCUGUUCUCAAACCAUAAAAUAUUUCAUGUUAUUCACCGUGUAACGAAUUAAACAAAUGUGUUUUUUUAUUUAUAGACUUAGUUAAGUUCAGUGUUAAGAGAUAAAUAAUCUUAAUAAUAAAAUUAUUAAGCUUAUUUCAGCUAUUUCUUUUACUAUUACGAUUAUGUAAAUUGAAUGUUGAUUAUGAAAGUGUGUAGAGUGCAUAGUUAUUAGUCGAGGCGGAGUUGCAGCCCUAGCCGUUUAUCAACAUACUUAUGAGGGUGUAGAAAUAAAAGGAAUAACAAACUAGCGGUAUUCUUAUUGUUGUACUACAGACAGAGAUAAUAUUAAAAUUGUUUUUCUACAA